GCAGAACGUGUCGAUGUUGAAGAUGACACAGAGGAUAUAUCAGGCAGAGGCUUGAGACUCGUCUUUGGUUUUCCUGUUUGGAUUCUCUCGCUGGCUGAGUGACAUUUAGAUUAUGAAGGAACACGUCUGUCAUAAUCUCUAACUUGGAAGCUUAUCAGUGCCAUUUAAAAAGCUUUAGCUGUUGUUUUUUGUCUUUAUCUGCGCCGGUCUUUCCUCAGGGCUGUUAUUGUGGCCCGACACAUGAUCAGCGAUGAAUAAUUAACCCAGAGAUCAGCUCGAGUGAAAGUUUAUUCAGAUCUCACUCUGAUCUCUCUCUCUGAGCGUCUCAGUUUGAUUGUGACGUAACUGGAGGAGAAGUUACCGAGCCCAGCGCCUGUAAUCUGGGAUCUCCUUACAGCAGCAAACAGAGAAAGCUGACAACACUUUCAUAGCUAUAGAAGCACAGUCUCAUUUUUCCCUUCUCAAAAGAUAUUGAAAUCGAUGUGGAUAGUUUCAUCAUUUACUGCGGUUUACAGCUCUGGAAUAUGGUCUCAGUGUAGCCGUGUGUCAUGGCCUGCGGUGUUGCUAAAGCAGGCCCUGCUAAUGGCUUCCCUACGAAAGCGCAGCUGCAGAUCACAGUGAUCUCGGCCAAACUCAAGGACAACAAGAAGAACUGGUUCGGCCCGAGUCCGUACGUGGAGGUGUGUGUGGACGGCCAGUCCAAAAAGACGGAGAAAUGCAACAACACACACUCGCCCAAAUGGAAGCAGCCGCUCACUGUGAUCGUGACUCCGUUCAGCAAGCUGAUCUUCCGUGUUUGGAGUCACCAGACGCUGAAGUCGGACGUUCUGCUGGGUGUGGCCACCCUCGACGUCAGCGAGACGCUCAAAUCACAUGACAUGAAGAUCUGUGAGGUGGUGCAGACGCUGCAGCUGUGCGCAGACAGAGACCAGUCUGAUAACAUCGGCGAUCUGUCCGUGUGUUUGGACGGGCUGCAGGUGGAUCCUGAAAUGUUCCAGUCGGCCGAGGCCAACAACCAGAAUACUUUAAAUGGGGAAUCUGAGCUAAAUGACGACUCAAGCAGAAGCAGAGACCCGUCUCCAUCGGUCACAGAUGGCCAGGAGCAGCCGUCGGCUCCUAACGGCCGUGUGAACGGCAUGGAUUCUCCUUCAGCGUCAUCCAGAGGGUCGCGACCCCAGAGACCUCCGCGACCCUCGCGACCUCCGCCGCCGACCCCACGCAGACCCACGUCCUCCCCAGAUCUCCGCCUGAUGUCCUGUCUCUUUCUCUGGAGAAGCAGAGACCCGUCUCCAUCGGUCACAGAUGGCCAGGAGCAGCCGUCGGCUCCUAACGGCCGUGUGAACGGCAUGGAUUCUCCUUCAGCGUCAUCCAGAGGGUCGCGACCCCAGAGACCUCCGCGACCCUCGCGACCUCCGCCGCCGACCCCACGCAGACCCACGUCCUCCCCAGCUUCCUCCACCGGCUCAUUUCCUGAUGGCAGCGAUUCGUCCCGUUCAGACACUCCGGUUCGGAAUCCCACUGGAGGCGGAGCCCCAGAGUCUAGUCCCGCCCCCACAGUGGAGCAGCCUGGUAGGACGUCCCUCAGCGUAGUCCCCGCCCCCAGCAGGAUUCCCAGCAUGGUCAACCCUUGUCCGCUGCCGUCUGGUUGGGAGCAGCGGGUUGAUCAGAACGGCCGUGUGUAUUAUGUUGACCAUGUGGAAAAGAGAACGGCGUGGGAGAGACCGGAGCCUCUGCCGACAGGCUGGGAGCGGCGUGUGGACCCGAUGGGCCGGGUGUAUUUUGUGGACCACAUUAGCAGAACCACCACGUGGCAGCGGCCCACGAUGGAGACGGUGCGAAACUAUGAGCAGUGGCAGCACCAGCGCAGUCAGCUGCAGGGAGCCAUGCAGCAGUUCAACCAAAGAUUCAUCGUUGGGGAUCAGGCUUCAGCCACCCAGAAUAAGGAGUUUGACCCACUGGGACCUCUGCCACACGGAUGGGAGAAGAGAACGGACAGUAAUGGCAGAGUUUACUUUGUUCAUCACUCGACCAGAACGACGCAGUGGGAGGAUCCACGCACACAAGGUUUGCUGAAUGAGAAACCACUGCCGGAAGGUUGGGAGAUGAGGUUUACGGUCGAUGGCAUCCCUUACUUCGUAGAUCACACCCAUAGAACCACCACUUACAUCGACCCACGGACUGGAAAAUCCUCUCUUGAGAAUGGCCCUCAAAUCACAUACGUACGAGACUUCAAAGCCAAAGUUCAAUACUUCAGAUUCUGGUGUCAGCAAUUAGCAAUGCCACAGCACAUAAAGAUCACCGUCAGCCGCAAAACGCUGUUUGAAGACUCGUUCCAGCAGAUCAUGAGCUUCAGCUCUCAGGAUCUCCGGCGCAGGCUGUGGAUCAUCUUCCCCGGGGAGGAGGGGCUUGACUAUGGAGGCGUGGCCAGGGAAUGGUUCUUCCUGUUAUCUCACGAGGUGUUGAACCCCAUGUACUGCCUGUUUGAAUACGCUGGCAAAGACAACUACUGCCUCCAGAUAAACCCCGCCUCCUACAUCAACCCCGACCACCUCAAAUACUUCCGGUUCAUUGGACGCUUCAUCGCCAUGGCCUUGUUUCAUGGGAAAUUCAUCGAUACGGGCUUCUCGCUCCCGUUCUACAAGCGCAUCCUGAACAAGCCCUUGGCUCUGAAAGACCUGGAGUCCAUCGACCCGGAGUUUUACAACUCGCUCAUCUGGAUCAAGUCAUGGCGUCUGUCUCGUGGUGUCGAGGAACAGACUCAAGCCUUCUUUGAAGGAUUUAAUGAGGUUCUUCCGCAGCAGUACCUGCAGUAUUUCGAUGCCAAAGAGCUGGAGGUGAUGUUGUGUGGAAUGCAAGAAAUAGAUCUGAAUGACUGGCAGAGAAACAGCAUUUACAGACAUUACACCGCCACCAGUAAACAGAUCCUGUGGUUCUGGCAGUUUAUUAAAGAGAUGGACAAUGAGAAGCGCAUGAGACUGUUGCAGUUCGUCUCUGGUACCUGCCGUCUGCCUGUCGGAGGCUUUGCAGACCUGAUGGGGAGUAACGGACCGCAGAAGUUCUGCAUCGAGAAGGUUGGGAAGGAGAACUGGCUUCCCCGCAGCCACACAUGUUUUAAUCGUCUGGAUCUGCCACCGUACCGUAGUUACGAGCAGCUGAAGGAGAAGCUGAUGUUUGCUAUUGAGGAGACAGAAGGUUUCGGACAGGAGUAAGAUGCUCUCUCUCUCUCUCUCUCUCUCUCUCUCUCACACACACACACACACACACACACACACAAAGAGGACAUCCAGAUCUCAUGCACACUAGUUUUCCUGAGAGGACAGACCGAUGAUCUGACACACAGGUGCAUUAUGGGAAAAUUUGGGUUUUUGCGCUCACCUGUCACUUGGUAUUAAUUAAAAGGAGGCUUUAAAGGAGGUUUUAUGCAAGCGUGUCAGAAACGUGACGCUGACGUUUCUACAUGUGAUCAAUCCAGUGAGUGCCAUUCUGAACGACUCCAGAAGAAAGAGCAGAUGCUCUGAAGAGUCCCAGAACGAUUGGAAUGAUUCACCAGAGCUCUGUGAAUGUGUGUUUUUAUGUUCACAAACCCUUCGACGGGUCUCCUUGUGCCUUUUUUCCUCACUGUCAUCCAAACAAACUGAGUUAUUGAAGUGUAGCACUCGACAGCAGCAGGAUCUUCAGGCGAGAACCUGAUGGCUUGUUGCACAACUGAUCAAAUUAUUCAUUCAAACUGUCAAGAAAUGGCCAGUUUCAUCCCAAAAUCAUUUAGAAAUUGUAUUUUGCAAAAAUAAAAGGACAAUUAAGGUAUUUGGCAUUGUGACUUUAAAACAUAUUCAUGACAAUUAAACACAUUUUCACAAAUUCUCAUUGUUAUAAUGUGGAAAAAAAUGUCUUUUCCACAUGUUCUUGUAACUGUAAAGUGAAAAAAAGAAACGGUAUAUAUAUAUAUAUAUACUUUCAAUUGUAAGUAAACAUUGUGUUGUAAUUUAACUUGUGCUGAUCUAAACAA